AACCAAGAGCUGUACCUACAAGUAACUCCAAAAUAAAAAAAAAACCAGAAGGAUGGCUGAAAAAACUAGUACGUCCCAAGCUGAUGAUGAUCAGAAGUACAAAAUCAGAAUAUUAUAUUCUGAUAUGGUGAUACAUCUGAGUGAGAGGAUUAGCCCAGAUAAGAAAUUGACCUGGCUGAAACUUUUGACAGCACUAGACCCAUUGUUACCUGAUGAACUCAAUGGUGACGACAUUUUAUAUAUUGGACAAAUACUUGAUAAGCUGAGGGCAAAAGGAAAAAUUGAUCGUAUGAGAGGCUCCUUUGAGGAACUCUAUUACGCACUUCGUAAAGUUGAUGUUGAAGCAGCCGGGGUUGUUAAUGAGACUUCAAUCAAGAUAAAAGCACUCCUGUCUGAAGGACCACCGGCAGCAAAGAAACCUGGAACCGAAAGAGAUGGAAACCAGAUUAGAGCAAAAAAAUUGGCUAUUUCGACGCAUAAGCAAAUAAUUGAGACACAGGAAGAUUCUGAAGCAGCAUUCAUAGACUGUAAAGUGGAUCCUUGUGGAAGUGCCAACACUUGUGAUAAGAAACCCAAACAACCAGUGGAUGAAGGUUACUACCAAUGCACGGCAGAAGCCAAUGGAAAAUCAGCAGAUGGCGAUGUUGUAAAACUUAAAAGUGU